UACCGUGUUUACCCAAUUUUCCUAAAAAUCUUAAAAUAUUUUAAAAGUUUUAAAACUACCACCCCCUUUAAGAUGAAGCUGAUAAUUAAAAUUCUUAAAGGAGACGAGUAUAUCAUUGAGGCUAUGGAAGAUGCCACCGUGCUCGACGUUAAAAUUGAACUGGAGAAAAAAAGUUCGGUUCCCGUCGAACACCAAAAGCUACUGUUGGUCGGAAAAACACUGGCAGAUGAAAAACCAGUUGCCUCCUACGGUAGCAUUAAAGACGGUACCAAGCUGACCCUUGUAAUUAAGAAACCCGACUCGCUACGGGAAGCCAUGCUGAGACAUUUCAAAAAGUACCUCCAGGAAGAACAGUCUCAACGAGUAACUAGUGAGUUUAUGAAGGAUUUCGACAGUAAAAUACAACAGCUCAGUUUGGACGACUUGGAAAAAAUUGCAAGUGAUAUCCUGGCCAAAAAGGGCCAACGGGUGUGAUUGUAAUAAAAACUAAUUUGGU